UUUUCCUUACCUUCAACUCAACAAAUGCAAAUUUAGCUGCCCGUGGGGGUUGGUGAGGUCGAAGACUGGAAAGAUGGGUAGAAUGACAGAAACCGCACCGCCACCACAAUCUCACCAUCCCAUCCCAAUCACCAGCAACAAUUACAUAAUCCUCCCUUCUUACUAUCCUCCUCCUUACUUUUCCCGCUCUCGCGCCAUCUGUCGUCGUGUCCGCUCCUUCUCUUUAUCCAUUCUCCUUCCCAUCUCUCUCCUCGCGCUCGCUCUCUUCUUCUUCUGGCCUUCCCAACCAGACCUUCAUCUCUCCCGCCUCCGCCUUGAACACAUCUCCUUCUCCACCCACAAAUCUUCCUCCUCAAUCCUCCCUUCCCUUUCCAUCGACGUCUCACUCGAUCUCACUGUCAAGGUCCGUAACAAGGACUUCCUCUCACUCGAUUACGGCUCGAUCCUCGUCUCCAUCGGCUACCGCGGUCGCCAGCUCGGCUACGUCACGUCUGCCGGGGGCCACAUCCGUGCCAGGGGUUCCUCCUACGUCAAUGCCACACUCCAGCUUGAUGGCGUUGAGAUCCUCCACGACGUUCUCUACCUGAUCGAGGAUAUGGCGAGAGGGUCGAUCCCGUUUGAUACGGUGACUGAGAUCCAGGGUCAGCUUGGACUUCUUUUCUUUGACUUCCCGAUCCAGACAAAAGUGAGUUGUGAGGUAUACGUGAACACGGACAACCAGACUAUCGUUCGUCAAGAUUGCUACCCGGAGUGAUGGUUAUCUCACAGGCUGUGGACAUGGGUUGAUCACACGUCACAGUGGCGUCCCUACAAAGUAAAGUUCAUAUGCCUUACCCCGUUUAUUCUGUGUGGAGUGAAAUUGCAUGGGUGGAUGACUGGAUGCCCUUGUAACAUAAUAUUGUGAUGAACAUGCCAACUCAUUAUGUAAUCUUAUGGUGCUUCAAAAUUUAUAAUGAAAUUGGUAUAAGAGUCAUUGUGGAGCC